GGUGUUACAAAGCUCAACUUGCACCGACGGCACUGCUUGCCUAACACAAGGUGCCAGUUGUGUGAUGAUGAAGUGGAAUCAUCUAUUCACUGCUUGUUUAGGUGUCCUCACGCAGCGGCUACUUGGACAAAGGUGGUUCCCAAUUUUAUCCCCCCAGAAAAUCUCUCUCAGUGGAUCUUUGCAUUAAGAGAAAAUGACUCUCCUGAGUCAAUCCGGAAAAAGAUCUUCUGCCUUUGGAAUGUCUGGAAGGCUCGUAAUGAUUUUAUUUUCAGAGGUGUUGUCUUGUCCCCGACGAUGACCUCCAUUUGUGCAUUUAGAGAUGCGAAUGAGCCGCACUAUGUAACUUGUCCUUCAACCUCUUCUCGUCCCCGGAUAAUCUCGUCGCAAUCAUGUCCACCGCCGAAUCUACAUCACAGGAGACUUCACUGUGACGGUUCGUUUGAUUACGAAUCUCAAGAGGCGGCCAUCGGAGUUGUUAUUACUAACUCUAUUGGACAGAUUUGUGACGGGAGGGCGAGGAAGGUUAUUUGUUCUUCCCCGAUCGAGGCUGAGGCAUGUGCGAUGUAUGAAGCGUGUCGUCUGGCAGCGGAUGAUACUAUCCCUUCUACGGUCCUCUCCGACAGCAAGAUACUGGUGGAUGCUCUCAAUGAUGAUCCUGCAAAAUGGCCUUGGCGCUGCUAUGCUUUACUUUCUUCUAUCAAAGUCGUUCUGCAGUGUUCAUGCUGGAUUAAUGUUCUUUCACCAGUCGCCGCAACAACAGGAACGCUGAUUGGGUCGCUCGCAAUUGCAGACUGAACAUCCUACAUCCUGAUUGGCUUUCAGUGCUUAAUGUAAUAUCUGAUUUGCUGUAAUGGUCUGAUUGCUGUAUGAUCUGCCUAUUCAUAGGCUGGGAAUGAAUGAAUAUAUCACUUGUUCAAAAAAAAAGAUAAAACUCACGUGAGCUCGUGACCAAUCCCAAGUUUUCAAUCACCAGCCAAGAUUAGCGUUAAUCACCUCCUGCAGUUAGUAAAAUCAUUAAAAUUUA